UGACCGUAUUGACAUAAAUUAAGUAUUAAUAUUGUUUAAUAAAGAGAAAGAGACUACAUACUACAUAAUAAUAUAUUGAUAAAACCUUUUUUUUGUACAAUCAAAUACAUAUUUUUAAAACCAAUACAAAGCUCGAUUCAAUACACAACAUGGUUGGCCCGAUGUUGUUGUUUAAAAUGCUUCAUUGUAAACAUUUAAGAAAAACUUUAGAAAAGUCAAACAAGGGACUGUCUAGCCAAUGUUCAAAUAACAUCUAUAUAAAAAAAGAAUUUGAUGAUACUUCAUGUAGAAUUUGUUUGAAAGAAGGUUGCAUACCAAUCUACAGCAACGACGAAAUACCACAGGCUUUAAGCUCUUUUGGCGGCAUAUUUGUAAGUAUCAGCGACCCGUACCCGAAAUAUUUGUGCCAGCCGUGCUACUCUCUGCUCCAAGGUGCAAUGCUAUUCAGAAAAAAUGCUCAACGUUCCGAUGAGAUACUUAAACAUCCCAUAGAAGAUAAUUCAGAAGACACUAUUCAUGACAAUGAUCUGACCGAUCCAUGCUUUGAUGACGAUUUAUACGAUUAUGAUAUAUUCAAAAUUACAAAGAAGCAAGACAAAAAGCCAAAAGAUUACUAUUGUAAAAAAUGUAACAUGGAAUUUAAAACACAUGAUGAAUAUACGGAACAUAGGCUUUCAGAUGAACAUGAUAAUCUUAGACACACUUGUCAAAUAUGCAACAAGUCAUAUAGAGCAGAAUAUUUAAAAAAACACAUGAAAACCCAUAUCCAAGAUCCUCCUUACAUGUGUGAUAUAUGUGGUAAAAAAUUCAAAGUCCAGGGACACUUCUCUCGGCAUAGAGUGACACACUUCUAUGAAUUGCCAUACCAAUGUAGUUUGUGUCCUUACAAAGGCAGAUUUAGUGAAUCCCUAAAGAUGCACAUGAGAUCACAUACAGGAGAAAAACCAUAUCAAUGUGUUCAAUGCCCUUCACGUUUCAUAAAUAAGAGUAAUUUGAACAAGCAUAUGCUAACGCACAAAGGACAGCAUGAUUUUAAAUGUGAUUCAUGUGGACGAGGAUUCUACACAAAAAGAGAACUGGAGUUACAUUUUAAAGUUGAUCAUACUGGGAUAAAGGACCAUGUCUGCAAUAUAUGUGGGAAAGCUUUUGGAUACAGGAAACAAAUGAUGAAACAUCAAUUAAAAGUUCAUAAAAGAGAAAAAUUAAGGAGCGGUAGAACUCCUCUCUAUGUCAAAUUAGAAUUGAUGAAGCAAAAAGGAGAAGAAUUAAUAAACAACCAUUAAGUUUUAAAUGUAUUUUAUAACAUGUUUAUCAAUCAAAAUGAUGAAAUAUGAAAUGAUUGUUUCUGUUUACUUAUAUUAAUUUAAAACUAGCUUUCUAUCUGCAGCUUUUUACAGAUGGACUACAUUUUAUAUUGUGUGGGUAGACCUAAUUUUUUUUUCGAUCUUGCGCCUACGUUGUACCCGCACUGGGGAUGCGAGCGGGGAAUGUGGGACUUGAUGAUCUGGAAAUGUUGGGAGAUGACUGUGGGCCCAAGGAUAUUUUAGGGCCCUACCGCACUAAACAACUCCCCUGCACUGUUGCACCCGACAUCCAAUCUCACCACCAUCACCAUUUGAGCAUAAAAACAAACAAGACUUUUUUUCAAAUAUUAUUUACACUGUAACUUCUGACAUUUAUUACAGUACAAGAGUGGUGGUAGGAUGUAGGUGGUAGGUACCACCACCCUGCCUA